AUGUCAUCCGAGGACUUGCGCCCAGCAGAUCUCUUGCCAUCUCUCGAGCCGCCACGUGCACCCGUGCGACCCAUCAUCCCAACCUUGGCGCCGCGCAUCGCCUUCACAACCCUUUCCCAAGACCUCGGCUCCAACAAGUCGCAGCAGUGGAUCUCCACCACCCACGUCUAUCCAGCCGCAUGGCCUCGCUCGCAUCCGCGUUCGGCCAAAUCCGACAUCUACAACACUGGCGUGCCAUCCUCCUCGAGCCUGGGGCCCCUCCCAUCGGAUCCAGAAGCGGCCAAAGCGGAACAGCGCCGACGCCGGGAGGCCGACUUUGCACACUGGCUCGAUGUAUGUGGCGGAAAGGACCACGGGGGUCAGCGCAAUGUCAUGCGCACGCUGCGCAAAGGAUGCUUGAAGUCGGGACAUAUCCAGAGGAUAACCGAGGCAAGGACGGCCAACGAGGCUCAGCUCUGGAUGGCUGUCAACCGCAUCGUACCCGCGCAUCUCGAAGACGACGUCCACAAAGGCGCCCAUGCCAAAGAUACUCGCCAAGGAAUCACCUUGGUCGUUGCGCAUGCCAACGGCUUCCACAAGGAGAUCUUUGAACCCGCAUUCGAGUCGCUUGUCAAGAAGCUGCAGACCGACGAGCUCCGCGGCAAGUAUCGCAUCGACGAGAUCUGGAACUUUGACUGCACACAUUCCGGCCAAGCUGGUAGCAUCAACCGCGACCUCCUCGGCGACACCAUCAGCUGGGCAGACCAUCCGCGCGACAUGAUCAAAUUCCUCGAACACUACCUUCCCGACACUCCGUCUCACCCUUCUGCCGAACCAGCAUGGCUGCCUACCUUCCUACCGUCGCACAAGGCCUCCUCGCCCAACGCCAAGCGUCGUCUGGUCGGCAUGGGACAUUCCUUCGGAGGUGCAUCGCUCUCGUUUGUACUCCAUGCGAGACCACGUAUGCUCGAAGGACUCAUGCUCGUCGACCCGGCUAUCAUGCAUCUCGAUGAUGAAAAGGCCUUCAAGAUCGACAACCUUUUCGAGGGUAUCAUCCCGCCGAUCGCCGACUUUCCGCUUGCUCGCGGUGCCAUCGCACGCAAGGACACCUUCGACUCGCUGCCUGACGCCAAAGCAUACUUUGAGUCCAAGCCGUUCUUCAAAGUUUGGGAUCCGCGUGUGCUCGAUCUGCACCUCCGCUUCGGUCUGCGCCCCUCAGCGGUACCUGCAUCCCGCGCUCUGGUGGCGGACGACCUGCACGAGAAUGACCUCAAGCGCACCGGGCUCGAGCUCAACAACACAAAGUGGCACGAGGCUGCCGCAUUCUCCUCGACGUGGAUGGGAUACAUCGGCAGGAACGGCAUGCUACGUACCAACCACGGCGCAUGGGUGGGCAUGGUCAAUAUGGAAGGCGGCUUCAACAACUUCCAGCUUGCGGCAGAGAUCGACAAGCUGGAUCGCGGCUUCAGCGUGACCAUCGAGGGCAACCAUCUCGUCGCACAAGAAGAGCCAGAUGCGCUCGCCGGUGCGCUAGCCCAGAUAUUUGAGGCGCAAAAGGACCCAAGCACACUCAAGGAAAAGAAGCUCACUCGCCAGCUGCAAAAACCAAGACUGUAA